ACUUUAGUUACAUUGUUGGGCGAGUUUGAAACAACUCCCUCUGCCUUGGCCUUCCACGCAUUGUCACUGGAUUUUCUAGGCGCGUGUGUCCUGCUCUCUUCCCCCUUUGCCUUUUGCUUUCCAGCUCUUGCUUCUGAUCCUUUCUUCUUUUAUUUUUUCCUCUCUCUUUUUUUUUUUUGCUUUGAUUUCUCCCUCCCCCUUUUGGGCUUCCCCAUCGUCCCCCCAGCCUCUGGCAUGAGUUAAACACCAGCGAUGGACACCAAACAUUUCCUGCCACUGGAUUUCUCCAACCAAGUCAAUUCCACCUCCCUGAACUCCCCGACCAGCCGGGGGCCCAUGGCUGCACCUUCCCUCCAUCCAUCCAUCGGACCGGGGAUCGGCUCCCCGCUGGGCUCAGCGGGCCAGCUCCACUCCCCCAUUAGCACCCUCAGCUCCCCCAUCAAUGGCAUGGGCCCUCCUUUCUCCGUCAUCAGCUCCCCCAUGGGACCUCACUCUAUGUCAGUCCCCUCCACCCCCAACCUGGGGUUUGGAACCGGCAGCCCACAGCUCAAUUCUCCGAUGAACCCUGUCAGCAGCUCAGAAGACAUUAAACCGCCCUUGGGGCUCAAUGGGGUCCUUAAAGUGCCAGCACACCCCUCAGGAACCAUGGCCUCCUUCACCAAGCACAUAUGUGCCAUCUGCGGGGACCGAUCUUCAGGUAAACAUUACGGGGUGUACAGCUGCGAGGGCUGCAAAGGUUUCUUCAAGCGCACGGUGCGGAAAGACCUCACCUACACCUGCCGUGACAACAAGGACUGCCUGAUCGACAAGCGCCAGCGCAACCGCUGCCAGUACUGCCGCUAUCAGAAGUGUCUGGCCAUGGGCAUGAAGCGAGAAGGGAUGGAGCAUCAUCCAUCCCGGCCCACAAGACUUCUGGGAAGGCAGGAAGAACAAGCUGUGCAAGAGGAGAGGCAGAGGGGGAAAGAUCGAAAUGAGAACGAGGUGGAGUCGACAAGCAGCGCCAACGAGGACAUGCCCGUGGAGAAGAUCUUGGAAGCCGAACUGGCGGUGGAGCCAAAGACAGAGACGUACAUCGAAGCAAACAUGGGCUUGACCCCCAGCUCGCCCAACGACCCGGUAACCAACAUAUGCCAAGCAGCGGACAAACAGCUCUUCACCUUGGUGGAAUGGGCAAAGAGAAUCCCCCACUUCUCGGAGCUGCCGCUGGAUGACCAGGUCAUUUUGCUCAGAGCAGGCUGGAACGAACUGCUCAUCGCCUCCUUCUCCCACCGUUCGAUAGCUGUGAAAGACGGGAUCCUCCUAGCUACCGGCCUCCACGUCCAUCGGAACAGCGCGCACAGCGCAGGGGUCGGUGCCAUCUUUGACAGAGUACUGACAGAACUCGUGUCAAAAAUGCGGGACAUGCAGAUGGACAAGACAGAGCUGGGCUGCCUGCGGGCCAUCGUUCUCUUCAACCCAGAUUCAAAAGGUCUCUCCAACCCCGCCGAGGUGGAGGCCUUGCGUGAGAAGGUAUAUGCGUCGCUAGAGGCAUACUGCAAACACAAAUACCCUGACCAGCCUGGAAGGUUUGCAAAGCUCUUGCUCCGUCUCCCUGCCCUCCGAUCCAUCGGCCUGAAAUGCCUGGAGCACCUGUUCUUCUUCAAGCUAAUAGGAGAUACACCCAUCGACACCUUCUUGAUGGAAAUGCUGGAAGCGCCCCACCAAAUGACUUAAGAUAACCUCUUCUGGGUCCGUCCUUUCACCCAGCAGGGGCCUUCGCAGCCUCCUUCCGCCUCCACCUUUCCUCCUUCUCUUCCUCCUGCCCCCUAAUGCCAGAAACACUGUCUGCUCUUCUCCGUCUGACCCCGGGCAACACCCCGACGUCCUCGACCUUCUCGUCACGUGGAUCCUUGCUCAUCUUGUUGUCGCGGCGUCUAAGGAUAAGGAGGGCUCUUCUAAAAUGUUAGAUGUAGAGAAGCGGGGCAGAGUGUUUCAGAUGCCAGCGCUCCUCUCUCCCUGUCACCGACGGGCAUCAGCCCAAGCCGAAGGCCGGGGGUGACGUUCCCCUGCCCGUCCUUGAUGUUGGGUCUGGCUUCUCACCCUGGAGCCCAGCCGCUUGGUGGGAAGUGGAGAUGGUCUUGCUCAUAAGAGCGCUAGGCUGCUGGGGCUGGAUGAGCUCGGGGGAAUGGUUAAUUCUUGCUUGCUCGCAGCUGGAUAUUUUCAGAGGAUGGAGUUUUGGAAAGAGAAGAAAAAAAAAGAAAUCUAUUUUUUUGCUUUCUAACUGUUACUCUUCGUAUUCGCUUUUACUUCUCGAAAGGAGCGGGCCCCUGCUGUCCCCUGACCGAGUCACCUUGGCUCUGCACGGAGCCCUCUCCUUUUCAUUCAGAGCAGGGGAUGGCGGGAUGGAUUUCGCCUCCCUCUUCCACCUCGUUCCCCAAACGGAGAGAUGACCGGUCGCACUGAGAGACUGAGCCCCCCUCUGUGUGUGGAGGGCAGCGCAGGCGGCGGUCGCCCGAAUAGUCUUGCUUUCCUUCGGGGAAAAAGCGAUGGAGCAUCACAGAUUUUUUUUUUGCCCCCCCACCCCACCCCAAAGAUGACUCUUCUCUCCGUUCUGGAGCUCGCCAACCCAAACACAAGCCAACUGGAACGUGCAGGUCUGGAAGCGGUCGCUUUAAGGUUGCAAUCACUCAUAUCCCUCCCCUCCUUCCGGUUUGUCCCAGCCUCUCCCUUAGCACACGCGUGUACAACACGAGGUGCGUUGAACAUGGUGGAACGUGCACACACGUGUGCUUUCAGCUGGCCCUGCCAACUGGUGCAUGCUAACCUGGGUCAGCGGUUUCUUUUAAGGGCAGCUUUGCAUUGUAGGAGCAGGGGCUGGCUGCUCAGCGAGGCAUUUGUAGGCCUACAGCAGCUCGCACCCCAUCGGUGGGUCUCUCCAGAUUAGGGUGACCUCGGUUGUGACAGCCUGAACUCGCACCCCAUUGGUGGGUCUCUCUAGAUUAGGGUGGCCUGGGCCAUGACAGCUUGUGGAGCAAGGCUGCGAUCGACUGAGCCUGCGUUGUGCAUUCGUUGGUGGAAAAGAGAGGGUCACCCCUACCCCCAGAAUAUUCCCCCAUCUUCCCAAUGUAGAAACGAUGCAGCAUGAGGGUCCCAACAAGGAUCAGGAAAGCAGGAGGCUGCAUCAGCCAGCAGGGCCGUGUUGCAUUAAGAAAUGCUUGUUGCAUCUUAAAUUACCGAUGAAGAAUGGAGAUUGCAAAGCAGAAAUAACAGUGUUCAUACCCCCUGCCUUUUUUUUCCCCUCCCAGAGACUAUCAAACUGCUGUGCUAUAGCCAAGCGUGGUGCUUGCUUGCGAGCACCUCCUUUCUGGAGGGGUCGUCGUGCCGGGCCUUGGCCAGACCCAGGUAGGAGGGGGCACUGAAGGGACUGCUCUUUCCCUGUGGCUUUGGCUGCUGUUCUGUGUUCCUGUGGGAAUCCCGAAGAGCAAAAUUAAAAUGCACACGUUGCAGCUUGUUUCUCUAGGAAACCCGUGUUGGCUCCACCGAGGGGAGGCUACAGGGUUUCAGGAGCUUCCCUAUGAGCUUUGACUCGAGCAGCAAUGUUUUAUCCAUAAGAAAACCCCGGGCAGGAGCGUUCCCUCCGGUGUAUUCUCCAGGGCUGUGUCCAGACCCAUUUUAAAAUGACCCAAGCAACCGGCUCUCUAGUUGUUCCUGGAGAAGAAGGGAGGCUAUUUCACAGUCUGGUGAAUCUCAUGCUUAGGAAGUUUUCCAGCCCUUCAGCUUGACUCUCCCUCUGUUUAAUGUGCAGCCGAAGUUUCCACCGACUGGCUUGGGCUGCAGGAGCUGCUCUCACAUUUUUCUGGGGGGAGAGGCGGGAAGACGGUUUGUUUUGCUUUUACACACCGCUGCCUUUUGACUUCAUCCCGGUCCGCUUGCCAAAACACGGCACCCUGCACAUUUCCAGGAGCAUCUCGGGAGGGGGUUUCUCGGGGGACGGAGUCGGGCGGCAAGGGAGCGCCUUUGCUUUCGGGUCCCAGCUUCGCUCCGAGCAGGUGUCUCAAGAGCCCAAGUUAGAAAACCAAUGGAUAGAAAUAGGAGAGCAAACAAUGAAGGAGCUUGUUGAUUUAUUUUUUUCCCCCAGAAGAAAGUAACCAUUCUUAACCCACCCGGGGACCUUGCAGGCUGCGCCAGGAAUGAGGUGCCUGCGGUUGGCUCCCAACCAAGGGCUUCCCCGCCACUUUUAUUUGAUUUGUGCUCAAAAAUGACCGAGGAUUAGAUUCCAAAAAUAUUUCUUCUCCCCCGCCUUUCCCUGUCAGCUACAGCUGGCCCUUUAUAUAGCUGCUUUGUGCCUGGGUGAAGGGAGAGCAAGCAGUCCCACCCCGAGCUCUCACCUUUGGUCCUUUAAGAGAUGCAGCUGUUACUCCACGUCCCUCCUUACAGGUGUUGCCCACUUUCCAAACAGGCUGCUGGUUCAAAUCCUUCCCCCUUCUCUCCCCUUUGCUAAUACACCUCUCUCGCUGCUAAACAAAUACCAAAGAUUUCAGGUCAUAACUCCCCCCGUCCACCCCACUCCCGGGUCUCCCCGAAGUGACAAACCCCUAGAGGCAGGAGCGGGGCUUUGGCGGCGUUUCUUCUGCAGGCUGCGUGCUGCUGAAAAUAUUAUUAAACAGCUUCACCCUGGAAGAAUUUGCCAAGAAAACAAGGCAGGAGAAAUGAGCUGCAUAGAGGUUGCCAGGAAAUGCAAGCAGAGGCUGUUCAUUCCCAGCCCCGUCCUCACGCAGGCAUCGUGGUCGUAGGCCAAGGUGGGAACAUCCCAUCUCUGCUGGCUCCUUGGAUCUGAGCUCACCGGCUUUGAACCUUUUCCCUCCAUACAUUGCCCCUGCAACUCAGUGUGUGGAAAUAUUAGCCAGGGAAUAAGGAGCUGGAAUGCAUCUGCAUUCACGCCCUGAGCCUAGCCUGCCUGCUAGAGAAUAUUAAAGGCCUUAUUAAAGAGCCUAUUGACCUGGCCCCACACUAAACACUGUUUAUCUCCAUCAGGCAGAACCAGCUUUUUUUUUUUUCUCAUUUUAUUUUAUUGGGUGCUUGAAAGGCGCUGUGUUUGGGGCUGGAAGUCUGAGCGGCUAUUUGUUUUUCUAGGCUGCGAGCGUGUGCUCCCUGCCAGCUCCUCCUCAGCCGCCGGAGGAAGUCGGGGCCGAUUCUAGGCCACCGUGAUGGGUCCCCUGUUCACGGAGCUGCUUCUUGGGCAGGGGGUGCUGAGCUGAGGUCUAAGGAGCGUGCAGCUUGUCUCGUCCGCGUUAGCAUUGGAAUUGAAGGUGUUGCCCUUAUUAAAACAUGCUACGGUGUUAGCUCCAAAUGCUGCCCUGCCAAAUACAGUAUAGCCCCAGGAUGAAGUGCCGUGUCGCGGUUAUACCGGGAGUUUUGGCUGUCAGGGGUUUAUUUCGUUGGCAGGCGGUAUGACCCUGGGCACUUUUCUGUCUCCCGUUGCACUGGGGACGAUGCUAAUUCCUCCCAGGAAUGGAUUGUGAGGUUCAGCUUGCAUUUUUAAACAGCCCAUUGUAGCAGGCUGUCGAUGUGCAUGGUGCUGUAUUAAAUUGGUAGGGCUGUCGCAGGAGAUGCUGUUAACACAUUGACUUGUCUUUGUUGACUUCAGUAAAACUCCCUUGAUUUAUACCAGCUGCAGCUUUGGCCCACGAGGGAAUCCUUAUUGCACCCUGAACACCCAUGACCUCCCCCCCCAAUGCCCUAAAUUCAGUUUUUUCCAGUGCAAUUGCCCGGUUAGAGCAAAUAUAAGCCACACUUGGGCUGUGGAGAACCCACCGUUGCAACCUUAAAGCGACCCGCUUUUGCAUGGAUUUCACUCUUUGGUUUAUAUUUUCUUUUGCUUUGGCUUUUUAUUUUAUUUCCCCCCCCCUCAUCAUUAUAAUAAUUAUUAUAAAUAUACUGCAAGCUUGUUUGAAGAGGUGAUACAUGGGUAAAGAAAAAGGCACAUUAUUCACUAGAGAGCUAGGACUUUUAUUUAACCAGAUGAUAGUAUUCGUGCAAAAUCUGGUUCGAUUAGGGUGAUUUUAUUUUAUUUUUUUUUCUUUUCUUUUUGGUGGGACAAUCUUUAAUUUUCUAAAGAUAGCACAAACAUCAGCUUUUCAGCCAGCCACCCACCGCACUGGAGGUUCCUUGCGGCCUUUCUGCGUGUGUUCUCAAUUGGGAUCUACAACAAGAAGAGCUUAAACAGGCUUUUGAAGAUGGUCUUCAAGAAGCUCAUCAGGCCUUUCCUCCCCGUCCAUCCACCUCUAACACCGAGUUCAGGUGGAACCUUAGCAGUGGAGAUCCUAUGGUUGAAAGGCCUUGAAAACUCACAAAUGUUGUAUAUUGAGGAAACACACAGAGGACUUUCCCCCCGUCCCUUCCCUUUGUUCCCGAAAGCCCAGCUAAUUUCUGCACUUUGUCAACUCUUGGACGGUGGGUUGGACUGUGGUCUAUGUCACACCUGCAGGCGUGGACCUUCCAGCUGAAACCUGGAGAAGUCUCCCAGGGGAGAAAAGGUGUACGCUAGGUUGGUUUUUGUCUGAAAGGCCAAGGAAGAUUCACGAUCGGAAAAAGAAAUUGGCCCUUGCCUCACCCCUGGAGUCCUCCAACAAACUGUAAGGUCUGGUCUCCAAUAUAUUUCUUUGCAACAGCCCACUUGAAUAACUGUUGAGAGUAUACUCAAUCAUCCCGUCCGCCGACUCCGGCUGCUCAUCUCUCCUCUUGCUGCCACCACCCAUCAGUGCAUUGAAACCGUCGGGGACAGCUUUGGGACAUGCAGCAGCACAGCCUUCUACCCGGAGUCCGCUGUGGUUGUCAAGCCAUCUCUCUCCCUAAUGAGCAAAAGGAACUUUUUGUGUUUGCAAUCAGAAGAUGAGCAAAGGCUCAUCCAUUGGGGUCUUUAUCAUCAGAGCAGGACCAAAGGAACCAACCCUCCCUCUCUCCCGGUCAACACUUGGGCUCUCUGUGUGUGGACAAUCCUGAAACGGUGGUGGCAGCACUGGGAUUGAGGAUGGGGACACGUGACCUUGUAGCCUGUGGACUCACAGUUGGCCCCGCCAAUCCCCAGCAGUGGCUAAUUAGCUGAUGAUGUCCCCAUCAGUGACUAGAGUGCAUGAUCUAUUUUAAGUUGAUACAUAUGUGCGUGUGUAUACAUGUAUGUACUGUAGAUAUAUACACUGUAUAAAUACCUUCACUCACAUAUACAUAUAUUAUAACCAUAGCAAUUACAGACUUUUUGUGCUUUUGUUUUGUUCAAAUUGAUUCUAUUUUUUUUUCCUAUUUUGUUUUGGGUUUUUUUUCCCCCCCUCAUACCUUUUUGCUUCAUGUAAGCGAGUACGCUGUACCAGAGCCCCUUCCAUGUCGGCAAGUGCUGAAUGAUUUUUACAACUCGAGAUAGAGGAAAUGCAUCUAUUUUAAGAUGCCCUUUUUCUUUUUUCUUUUUUUUUUCUUUUUCUUUUUCUUUUUUUUUUUUUUGGAGCAGCAGAUGGUUUGAAUAAAAUAGCUUUAGCAGUUCCCAACACUUAGCGAUGGAUGCCUUAGCUAUGGGACACAUAGCUAAAAUAAAAUUCAGCAAGAAUUACAAAAAUAAUAAAAAAGAGAAAAGAAAAAAAAAGAAAAGAUAAGGAAAAAUAUCUAAAGCAUCAAUAAAGUUAAAAAAAAAAUCUAUUUUUGUACAAAUGUAAUUUUAUCCCUUCCAUAUUCUUGGAGAUUUUUCUUUUUUUGGAUUGUUUUGUUUCUUCUUCUAUAGAGAGUGUUAUAAACCGUCUCUCUCUGUAAAUGCUUGACCACAGGGACAGACACCUGGAGGAGAGGGAGAAUGUUUUGACUGCGUUUUAAAGGCUUUAUAUGAAAUCUCUUUGGAAAUAUUUCUUUUUUUUUUUUUUUUUUUGGAAUGAACUUUUAAUUUUUUCCUCCCACAUCUGAAAUCUUCUUUUAUGGGGUGGGGGGAGGUCUUUUGUCAUGUCUCUCUGGCGUUCCCGCAAGUCUGUUUUACUGUGAAAUCACUACCGUAUGUUAUUUGUUCACUUAAAAAAAAAAAUAUUGCUGCUGGAAGCGCCAGUAUUUUGAUGAACAAUUGUAUUAGAAUUGUAAAAAAAAAAAAAAAAAAAAAAAAAAAAAGUGAAAGAGAGAGAGAGAAAAUAGGGGGAAAAAAAGAAAAAUAUAUGAGCAUUUUAAAAUAUAAUCCAGUUCAAGUCCUCUUUUGUUCUGAAUGGGUGAUCUGUGACUUGUUCGCUAAGGAGGUGCCUGUCCCCGCCGAAGUCAGAGUCAACAUUUCCAAGCUUCCUGAGCCUCGGGGUUGGGACAAACUGGUGAGAUCCUUACAAACAUCUUUCCUCGCUUGUACGGGUACUGAAUCAUUGUGCAGAGCUCCACCCUGUGGGCAAUUCGACUCCUAUUAGAAAUGGCUUCAAUAUUUUCUCCUAUUUGGGUGACUCACGAGCUGCUGGCUCGGAGGCCGUGACUCCAUAGCCCUGGUGAGUUAAUGUGACUAUUGGAUUGACUCUGUUGCUGGACGCGGGGAGAAAACUCACUUGAAUAGCCAGCCUCUGUUGCAUCACGGCGGUCAGGGAGCUGCUGUGCCCUGCGCCCCUGUGCAUACUCCACCUCGGAGGGAUAACACACGAUGUUUAGGUGCCUCCCGCCUUGCAAUUCUCUUGGUGCAGGACAUAAGGCAUGGGUUUGUGUAAUGUCCUGCAGCGCAUCAUUGUGAGGGCUCCAAACGCGUUGGCUUUGGGUGGAGGAAGACAAAAGACUCUUCCCCAUCUGCUACAGCUGAGUCAGCUGGAUCUCUCGAGUGCAGUCACAUGGAAAGUCCUGGCCUUAGAUGCAGUGCACAGCUUACUGUGCUACAUGCCAGAGCGAGAUCACAGGGUCCAUCCACCCUACAGACCUUGUUGAUGUUGCCUUAGCUAACAUCUGCACUGCACGGGCACCCUCUUCUCCCCUUAGAGCAGAGGACACAUCAGGGCACCUCCAUGAGACAGCUCAGGCUGCAGAAGAGCUCUCAGAGGGGGAUCACAACUGAGCACAUCUGAAUGUGUCCUAGGGCUUGGUGCCAGUGUUGAGAGCCCAGCUGAUAGUGCAAGAGCUCUGGGUGUGGACCAGACCAGCAAGGGACUGAUCCAAAGCCAAGCAAAGUCCACCGCCAAAGGCAGUGCAGGUGUGUGAGGUCCUCCCGAUAAGCACUGCAUUCACUGUAAGCAUUAAGAAGCUGGGACAGUCUGUUCCUUUAAAACUAUUUUCUGUUCUGGUGUCAAAUGUGUGCUGCUUAAGUGGGAACAUUGCUGGAUGGGAAUGUGGCACUCAUCUCUAAUGCAGCACGUGUGUUAACAGAAGCUGUUAGCAGUAGCCUCGGAUCCAAGCUGAGCUUUCUGCCUGGAACAAACAAGAUUGAACUUGUGCUUGGGUUUAGGGCGGAGAUCAAUUUUCUCUGACAGCUACAGGAUAGAUAAAAUAAGGGAGAACAGGAAAGAGCUUCAAUUGAGUUAGUGCUGAUCUGUGUGUAUGUCUGUGUGCGUGCACGCGUGGAGGGGGUUCAAACUUUUUUUUGUGUUAUUAUAUAAAAGGCCAUUCUGCUUGGAAAAGGGGCACUGCUCAACUUCAACUCAACGGAGUUAGCAGUCCUGUAUUCACCACUACAAGGCUUUAGGAAAACGGCCUGCCGCAACAGUCCAUACCACUGGAGCCUGUGGCAAUAUUACUUCUCAUCUUAAAGUUAUGAGGUUAUUAAUGGGGAGAUGUGUAGUAAUUCAUGGCAAGAAGAUGAAAAAGCUAAAAAUGGGCCCAAAGGAGCUUUGGAAGUGACUCGAGGCUGCAGUUGCAGCCACACGGACGAGAGUGGAAACGCUCCUGUCUCAUACCCAUAUCAUGAGACCAGCAUUAACGCCAGGAGAUGGGGUCCAGAGGGCAGGUCGGUUGGUGAGGUUUAGUUUCUGUUUCAGCUUUGACAACCAAAAACCUUGUGAGCUGUUCUUGGGAAAGGUGGUUGUGUCAGGUGUGGCUGGUUUCGGUCACCUGGAACAGGGGAAUUCUGGAGAGAGCAGAGACUGGGGUGAGAUUUUGGCCACGUGGGGCUGUCCCUGGAAGGUGCUGGCUGCACCCGAACUGGAAAUGAAAAGGAGGUUCUGAGUUGGGAUCAGCGCCGGUUUGCACCAUAGGCCGUGUCCAGAUGUGCGUGUUGGUGCACAACUAGUGUUGGUGCACCUUGUGCCGCUGCUAGUUGUCCCCAGUGAAUGCCUGGCCACGUGCAAGCUACCCUCGGUGGGGUGGGGGACCCCAGCAGCCUUACCUGGGGCUCUGGGGGCCUCCCGGGGCUGCAGCAGUGGCGAUCCUGCCACGCUCAGCCUGUCCGGUAGCAGAGCGCAGCUGUGGUCGCCCAGGCUCUGGCUUUGGGCGGUGCAUGCUGCUGUCGCAUGCACCCCUCCGCUUUUUUUCCCAUGGUUUUCUUUGAUCUAGCAGGGGUAAAAGAAACCCUCCACACUGCUGCUUUGCAGCAUGGAGGACAAUGCAACGUGCGGUAAUGUAGACGUGCCUGCGGCGCCACACACCGCACGGCCACGCUCGUCUGGACGUGGCCAUAGUGUGCUAGGGCCGGUGUAAGGAAAUGCACCUUCAGGUUGGUCCCCAUCGCUAAGACCAUGUCAAAGAGGCUGGAGAGCUACGUGGGACUUGUCCUGUGCCACGGGGAUGCUGCAUAACAAGAGUCCUGGCCUUUCUACCACCUGAAUCCCACCGGUGUCGGAGGUGCCCAGGCCACGUACGGGGCCUCCCUGUCUGGCGGGAAUUCACCCAGUCGGUAUCUCAGGUGUGGCACAGAGGCUGUUGAAUUGACAAAUUUCCUGGCUCCCAUCUCAGAGGCUGGUUAUUUGCCUUGUUAACCUCCCGGCAGCAGUUUGUGUUUGGAGAGUAAAUAUUUAUGUCCCCUUCCCGUACGUCUUGCCUCUCCCAGGGUGGAGCGGGGAGGGUGAUAUUUAACAUGAUGCUUGCUCUUUGCCUACGACACAGGGCAAUGUCUGGAUUACAGCUGUUCGCUGGUUUUUAAAAAGCAUUUCCUUUUUAAAAAUAAAAUGCAAUUCUCGAAAGAAAGAAAGAAAGAAAGAAAGAAACCCACCCACCCACCCAGACCGGGCCAUUGCUGCUUUCUCUCUUUCUUUCUUCCCACAAUUCACAGCUUGUUGGCGAUCAACACCACAUGUGAUGCAAUCUUGAUUGUGAAGUUGCUCUAUUUUUUCCAUCUCUCCUCUCUUCUAUUUUUUUCCCUUUCCCCAGUGCCGAGCGGGGAGGGUUUGUGUUCACUUUUCUGCUUUCUCACAGCCUUGGCAUAUGGCGAGAGCAAGCGGUGUCGGAGCUUGGAAAAUCCAUUGGCAUUUCUCCGGUUUCUGCAGGGAUCAAAGCGCCUGGUUUGAAUUUCUCUCGAUUUGUUGGUAUCAGUUGAUUAUUGUUUCAUGUAAUAAAAUCUGUUGCAUAAU